AUGUCGAUGCUGUUUCUUGUUUCCAUUUGUAUAAGCGUGCUGUCGGAAGGCGUAGUGCGUGCAAGUAAAUCAGAGGAAGACUUAAAGUUUUAUAACCUUGUGAAGGAAGGACAAUUCACCAUGAAAUGCGAGGAAAUGGUAAGCGAAUGCAGAAAGAAGACUGUCAUAUAAACAGUUGGGAACUAACGCAAUCUUUUUUGUAGAAAAUUGCAUAUUCAAUUCCACUUGUCUACCACUUCAAAUGUUCAAUUGUGGUUAUUGUUAUUUUUACUCUUACAAAGCCGGUUUGGAGCACUGGCGAACUCAUUCAAAUAUGAGACAAAUGUAUACAAUUUGUCUCUUUUUGGAUGAAUAUGCAGUUAAAUUCAUGAAAUGUAGGGCUGGAGAACAUUAUAAGCUAAUUUAAUUACUCACAUGUAUUGCUUUCCUAAAUCGAUGUAAAUUCUCAGGAGUCUUGAAGAAUUACGAGCUACGUUGCGAAUUUUAAUUUAAUUAUGAAUUUUUUUAAUUGGAUAUUUUCAAUGCGCGCCUUUUUUAUAUCAUUUACUAAAUAUUCUCGAAAAAUUUUGGUGAGAUUCGAAGUUUCAUACGUUGCUUAGGGUAAAUGCAUUCAAAUAAGGGUCACAGACUCCAAUUUUUUCGGUUCAAUUCCGUGCGAUUUGCGUCAACAGAGAGCCUUCAGUUGGGAGAGGAAAAAAAUUCCUGCUGUGAAGUGACAAGUCAAGUACAUUUUGUUAUUGAAAGUGAUUUGUGCUGGAGUCACGUACUUUGGUCUUGUUCAAAUUCCACGCGGGCGUUGAUAUGGUUCAAUAACGAUGAAAUACAAGGGAAACUCUCGAUAAAACGGCGACAAAUGAGUGAAAAUUAUCUGGAAAAGGAGAAUAAUAACAAUUGUUUACAAGAAGGAAUUAUGUGAACUAUUUUCUCUUUCCUCAGGAAUGACAAGAUCGAGAGCGAUUUCUUUCUUUUUUUUUUUGUUUUUGUUUUUUUUGUUUUUUUUUUAGAUCAUUUAACUGUUUUGGGGCAGAUAAACUCGUAAAUUGAAUUAUCAGUACUUUGAUCUGAUUGAAGUAGCACGUAUGGUAAGUGAAUCCACGGCUUUUCAGAGAAAAUUUAAAAUUACGAAAUUCAAACUUCAUUAACCUUUAGGAGAUGGAAUCUUCUCAGUUUGACAUUAGAAAAUUUUAUUUGUUCAAGUUGUUUUGUUUUCCAUUUGUCACAUUGUUUACGUUAUCGAUCUUAACAGUGAAAAAGUUACUGUAGUGUAGCAAGUACUUUAUAACCGUUUGGAGCGAAAAACUCUUCGUAGAAUUAAACUACCUACACUGUUAAAGGUAGUGUUUCACUGCGCGAGCUGUGCGAUUCAACUGGUUUUAUGAUAUCAAUUUCCGCCCAUCUGGGAGCGCAGAACUUUCAUCGUGAAUGGUCUGAGUGAAGGAAUUUAGUUACAGAAAGAUUUCGAGUAGCUGACGAUUUUUGAUAUUUGUCUAGGUUUUUUAAAAAUAUGCAGGAAGGCUUUCGAUCUGUGAAAUUGUCUCAUCACAUGACGGCUAUUUCCUUUAAUUUUAACAUAAUAACCUUUUGAGUAACUUAGGCAGACAAAGUCUCCAUAGAACGUUUUGGAUGGUUUUCCUGUGACUACAAUGUCGAAUGUGGUAUUGGAAAAAUAAAAUUGAAAAAGAAUGAACGUUCUUUUUCAGUUCCAAAUUUUCAUUCAGUUUUAUUUUUUUUGUGAUCGGACUAAACCACUAGUCUGUGUAGUGGAUUGAAAGUGGGACUGAAGUGAUGGAAAAGAUUAGAAUUUCUACGGAGAAGUUACCUGAAACACAAUGUACUUGUGUUGUGUACCUUUGAAGUUAUCUUUAAAUUCUCAUGUCUGGUUUGCCCCACAUUGCUUUACUUCAUUGACCCUAAGUAUAAACCAGUUACAUAUACUAUUUAAACUCUGCGUGAAAACUAACCACUCAUAAUUUAAAUUGUCUUUUCAUGUGCACGUGAUUUGGUGUGAAGUACGGUGAACCAGUAAGAAUCAAUGUGAGUACCACCUUGAAUUUUAAAACUUUCUACAUAAAUAGAUGUAUGAAUGUUACAAUCAAUACCCCAGUUGCUAAUAGCGAGGCUCGCAGAGCGUAGCCCCACAAUUAUACAAAAUAGUAGUGACCCAUCAAGCCGAAAAAAUUUGGAUGUACGACCGUAAGACCGUACGACCGUACAAGGCGCUACUUUUAACAUGCGUGGUCAAGUGUACCGCGGGCACGCCAACGCCACGGCUUUGUUCAGUAGUCCAGUGGUCAGUGCACUGGGCUCCGAUUCGGACGACCCGGGUUCUAGUCCUGGCCGGGGUAAGGCGUUGUGCCCUUGAGACGUGCGGGAAAAAAAAUGCGAGCUCCGCUUUUAGGCUUGGCUAAAUCUAUAUAUUAGACAAUCAGUAACAUAACUUCUUUUUCGCAUGGAACAAAAGUUCGGAAAAGGUUUUUUGGAAAGGAAUGUUUUUUUAGCCUUGUUGCAAUACUAAGUCACGAGAAAAUAUUUAACCUUCGUCCAAAAUGAGUCAUCAUUCAGGAGUGUGACGCUUCUCGAUGAUCACUGAGUUUGAAUCCCGUAAAAACUUGAAUUUUUUACGCGCUUUUUUUUCUGCAAUUACUCAUCCACCAACGAGAAUUAUUCCUUUGCUGGAUUUUCACCUGCGGGUCAAAUACACGAGAACACAUCAGUUUCAGUAUACUCUCUUGGUCAAUAACAAUUGUAACUCUUUCGAUAAAUCAACACUUACACAUGUUUUACUGAUUUCUUCUUUAAACACAGGAGACAGAAAACCCUGAAAUCUUCAACUCUUAUAACUGCGACGAAGACUGUGAAGAGGUAUGUCCUCAAAUUAACUGAUCUUUAAAUUGGAAAAUAAACUUGUAAGUUAGAGAUCAGCGAAUCUCAUCCGCGAACAUUGUGAAGAACGUAAUGACCCAAUUGGGUGUUUACUGUUUUGAAAGCGGCAAAUGAGAAAUAUCAGGUGAAAUCUACGGCAAAAAAUUCAGAUAAUUACAUGGUAGAUUAAGGCAUUCGUUAUCAAUCUCCUGAAACUAUUGGAAGGUCAGAAACUAUAGCAAUACUUGCAAAUAAUAACAUGAAGUCACUAUGGAAUGAUCGAGAUUCCACUUCGUUAGUGGAACCCUCUGAUCGUCUCGACUUCGCGGUAGUUUCGGACCACAGUACCCUUGGGUUUCUUGGGUUUCUUUAUUCUUUAUUAUCUGUGCCAAAUCUUGGAUGAGGCGGGCGACAGACUCAGCAGAGAACGCGAAGGUAAUGAUCCUGACAUGAUUGGGACGAACAAAGUAAAAUAGCAAUCUGAACAUCGGCUUUAGGGAAGGUCCUGAGCCCUUCAGUUGGGGAUGAUGCGCAUACUUUGCAUUCACUAGAUUUUUUGACGUGGUAUUUCAGUAUCUUUAAUCCUAGGGAAGAGACAUCCUUGGGAAACUAAAAAAUAUAUCGACUCGUUCUAGAAUUCCAAAGAAUAACUAAACCUUUCGAAAACCAUCUUCAAAUGAGCUACAAUUCACUCGUGGACGUCGCCAUUGUAAAUCUGAAACCCGUCUACUAGCCAGUUACGAUCCGUUUGAGUGAUAAGAAACUACACACAAAAAAAGCAAUUUUCAGGCAAUUUUUUUACUUUGUGUUUAAUUUUGUGUUUGUGUGUGUGCUUUUGUUUAGUUUUUCUCGUUUGUUUGUAUUUUUUUUUAGGUGCUACUGGUUGCCGCAAAGUUUGCAUUAACCAGUUGCACUUGCUAGUUUUUAAACCACGCUUUAUGGUUUUGCGUGUUCGGCCGGGUUACCUAGGGAUCUAAAAAUGGUGACGUCGCUAGUCAAAAUUUUAAGCGUACUUGAAGAAAAUUUUCAGUAGUUACUUUUUGGAUUCUCAGAACGCAUUCAGCAUCCAAAGUUCUUGUAAUCUUUUUGAUAACUGAGAUGAGAAGUAUAACUUCCUUUAUUAUGCCUGUUAUUAGGAUAUUGCAAACCAUUUCAUCAUUCGUAAUUUACUCCAACAUCGUUUCCAUUCUGUCUUGUUCACUCUUCAGUGCCUGCGACCUCUUAGGUUCGAAAGUACGAAACACAGAACAUACAAUGAAUGUAAAGCUGAGUGCGAUAAGGUAAGAAGUAAGGUUUUUUAUCUUUAAGUUCCUAUUUUAAAACAGCGAGUUACAUCUGGAGCAAUUUCUAAGUGACCCAUCCUGAUAUUCUCGUGUCAAAUCUAAUCAUAUUUUGUCGUGAAAAAUCUUUUUUAGAAUGGCCUCGGAGACGCAUGCAAACAGGGAUGUUAUUUCCUUCACCGCUUUGUAAACUCAGGUAGAACAGAAAUGGAUCUUUCUUAAUAUACGUAAUGGUGAUUUUGGUACAGGGCUGUUCGACGAACCCAAUGCAUACCUGCGUGUACUCGGGUACUCGCAAUGGAAGACUACGUUUAGACUUAUUUCGAUAGAAAAUUUCGUAAACACGUAACAUUUGCCCUGUAAGAGGCAUGUGAAAAGCAUCUGAAAAGCAAGUGAGAAAUUUCAUUUCUUUCAAAGAGUGUUUUCACAUGUUUUUCCACUCGUUCCUGUAGCCUCCUUGGGAAAUAUUCAGACUCAAGGAUGCUCUUCAGGGCUUUGAAUGUGAUUUGUGUUUGAUUCUGACCGACCCGAACGUUAAUCUCAGGCCUCCUUCGAGCGACUCGGCAAAUACGUAAAGAAUCAUCUCCUUUUAAGUUCAAUAGAAGAAACUGCAGAAAAAGAAGUCCGUCUUGAAAUCCAGACUUCGACGGGAACGCGAAGGUACUGGGCUGACUGGGUUUGUUUUCAAUUUAGGUAAUGGACCGAGUGGAAUCUGGUACGACACAAGAAACGUCACUGCCAAAGGACCCUACCUGUUCUGUCGCACAUAUACAGAGUUGGUGGUGAACUUUGAUUUUCGUCUCUUUUCGGAUAAUACAGCUAAAGUUGAGCCCACCACCUUCAUCAGUUUUUACAGGCUUAACGAAAAAGACCCAUGGACCAUGCUUUCAUCUGUAGUAAGUGAAGAGAUAAUAUAAUAUUCAUUGUUGAAUUUUAUUAAUGAAAAUUAAUACGAUGUGAAUAUGUAGUGAUUAAGGGACAGCCCUAUUUCGAGUUGAAAAAAAAAAAAACCACCACCUUCACGCUGAAACUGAGUAAAAAACCCGUCCUCGUGAAAAUCACGUUUUCAAGUCAACGUUUUCCAUCUGCCUUCCAUGUUCUCUACUUUCGUGAAUUCAUCUCCAUUCUAUCUUUUUCGAGUUUCGUUUCAUAUUUAAUUUGGUUUUUAAUAAUUGAUGAGAUAUUUUUAUGACCUUUUUCGCUUGAGUGACCUGAGCCCUUUUGGAGACAAGCAUGAAAAAUACUUUUGGAGUCUUCUGUAAUGCGUGACCGAAACUUUUUGAAUUUGCUUACAGGAUUCAAACUGAGACCGAAUUCUCUUGUACAGUAUUACAGUUUUUCCAGACUUUCUCGUGUCAUUCGUUGUAAUCUAAUUCAUAUUUAUCUAUGUAAGUUCAUAUCAUUCUCAUAUUCCACCAUUUUAGUCCUCAGAGUUGCCAUUCUAUUUCCCAGACCUGUUUAAAGGAUUUACUAUACAGAUCUCUAUUGCCAUAGUGACAGCCAAGGGGCUACAGGUUAAACUGCCCUUUAGAGAGUUCCGCCAUGUUGGAGAAUGGAUGGUAACGUUAAGCGGUGAGUUAUUUUUGGAGAGGAAACAGAAGAUUCCAAGAUUCCUUAACAAUGGAUAAUGCUAUACUUAUGUAUGUAUAGAUCAUCCUGAACACAAUUAAAAAAGGGCUGCUAGUGAUCUUUUUUUCAUUAUGUACCAUUUCUUGGAAGAGACUUUAACGGAGGAAAAAAGGAAACAAGGAAAUUACAACCAAAGCGCACAGCAAAUCUCAAUCAUUUCCAAAGCGUUACAUAAUCGCUUAGGGUCUCUCAAAUAUUUUAGUUCCUGACUAAUGGACCGAAACGUGCCUUCCUAAGGUGGUGUUGGGAGACUUUUUAGCCUUUCAGAUUAACAACAAAACAUUCAGACACUCAUGAUGGGAUCUGGCACAAGCGCAUCAAAUUCAUCUUCAACCUCCCCCAUUCAAUUUUGUUUUUGGUUAAAAAAGCUAGCAGGUAUCGCCUUAAAACCUUUCGCAGUCCCAAAAACCAGUCCCGGUCUCUUACUCAAACUCGUAGAAACUGCGACACCAAGCUUAUCUUGUGAAACCUUUUUCGCUCAUCGACCGUUUUCUACAUUAAUAGAUGAAGUUCAUUUGGAUCCUCCCAAGGGCCUCCAGGCCCAUGUGAGCAAAGCUGGUGACAGAUUUGAAGGACAUCUUACCUGGUAUUUGGCACCGCGUAGUGAGUAAUACUGAGUUAGAGGUAGUGCAAAGCCAUAGGUACAUUAGAUUUCCUCAUUCCUUUCGAAAACAGGGAAAUUACUAACGGUCACGAAUAAGGAGUUGUGAAUACACUGGUCUUGUUUCGUCUAGCUAUUUCAAAAUUGAUAAAGAAUGCUAUUUUACGUUUGCUUUCCUUCCACGGCGGAAAGGUUAGUUUAAUUGUCCCAUUAUAUAAGUGUCCUUGCAAUUGAUUAGCGUAAACGAGUUAUCAUUAAACAUUUAUAAUUUCAUAGGCAAAAUCUGUGACUACAGAAUCGAGUGGAGAGCAACUUACUCGGAUCAUUGGAAAAGUAAAGCAUUUGAAGUCAGUCAUAGCAAGGUAAACCUUGUUAUAUAUAUUCUAGGAAGUUUAUGAAAAUGACAGGUCUGAAAAAGUUUAGCGCUUCCAAACGCAUCUUCUUCACUCCUUCAUUAGUCAUUAGUUGUUAAUCUAUUACUCCGUUAGUCCGUUUGUUAGCAAGUCCGUUAGUCUGUCAGUCCGUCAGUCCGUCGUUCCUUUAAUCUGUCAGUCCGUCAGUCCGUUAGUCCAUCAUUUAACCAUUUCGUCAGUCCGUGAGUCCGUGAGUCCAUUAGUCCGUCGGUCCGUUAGUCUGUUGAUCCGGUGGUCCGUUGGUCCGAUAGUCCUUAGUCCAUCAUGUUAAAAUUAUAAAAAUUUUUAAAAUUGUUCAUGUCUCUGAUUUUCCAUUAAAUCGUUUUAGAGCUUAUCUUCGAAGUCUAACACUACUUUGUGCGUUAGUCGUUUCCUAAACCAGCUCACAGCCCCCUCGAUCUUUGUCGUGCACCCAAAGAAAAUCUGCCAAUAAGAUGGCUUGGGUGCCAAGAAUCCAUGUAAAGUUUUUCCUCGGCUCUUCAAUUUUCCUUUAUUUUCAAUGCCAUCAGCACGUCGCAAGCACACGGAUGUACUAUAUUGUAGAAGGUUUGCUGCCGAUGGAAAAUUACACUAUAGAGGUAAGUUACUCAUUUGUCACAGUCCUGAUCAUGAAUAAGACAGCAUUACAAUAUAAGAUAUGCGACAAAAGAAAAAGAUAUAAAUCAUAUGGUUGGUCAAAACGUCUCUCUGUAUCAUAUGCAAGAUUAUUACCAUUUCCAGCACUUCUUUUGAAGAAUUUUAUAUCAUGAAAUAAGCUCCAUCAGCACACUAACACAAUUAACAUUUCCCGCGCGGACAUGCACAUGAAAAUUUGUUCCCGCAAAUUUUACAUGAACCUGCCCAAAGCAAACCUUUAAAUUUUCCACAGACUGUUUUCUUUUAGAUUGAAAUUUUUUUAGAAAUAUUUCUUUGUUAUCUCUUUUAGGUUAUCUCCGUAGCCUCUGAUGAAAAACAAAAUAAAAGUACUAUAUGUAUUGUCACGCCUUCCCUGGGUAAAUAUCAUCAUGAUGAUGCGCUCACUUAACGUGUAUUGAUCGACGCAGAUCUUUUCUUUGCCCAUUGUCUUCAAAAGCGGUCACUGAUAUCUUUGUUUCAUCCUUUCAUAAUAUUCCCCAGUGCUUGGACCGCCGGAAAACCUGACACUGGUCCAUCUCACCCACCUGUCACGCAAUACGUCAACGGCUACGGUCACGUGGUGGCCGCCACAUAAUAUACCGAUUGUAGACCAUGUACAGGAAUACAGAUUAGAAUGGAAUAAGAUUCUUGUUUUGAACGGAGUUUUUACAGAACCACAUUUUGAUUCCACGUGGUUACCAGCGGUAAGUCGAAUAUCUAGGGCCACAUCAAUUCUCCGAAGUUAUUUACAAAUUGGAGAUAUGAUCGAAGGUAACAUUGUGCUUUUCAAGAUUGCGACGGAAUCAGGCAAGGCGACAAGGAGCUACAAAGGUGAAGAGCAGAUCAAAAUAUUUAGCUUACAUUUAAAUUAUCAGUGGAAGAUUCAUUUUAAUGCUGCUUUUAAAAUGUACCCUCUUAGACCAAAGAGAGACUUCUAAAGGGGCUGAUUAUGCAUACCGAUGUCGAGGAAACACAUCAAGUCGAGGAAAACCCAUCAAAGAAUUAAACUUAAUGUUAAUUUGAAUUCAACUUUUGUAGGAAAAUACAAGUUUUCGGGUGUUUGGCCUUCAUAACGGAUUCGCCUACAUGUUCAAGGUAACUAGUGUGUACUGCACGCUAAAAUCAUAAAUUGACUGUUCUGUUAAAACUUCUUUUCAGAUACCCCAUGCUUUUCCUCUCGGCACAUUGGUUCAUUUCUUGCAUUGAAUUCUUGGGUAGCAAACUUACCUAACUACUGUCUCUUUCAACGUCACAGGAAUAUUUUUUUGAUUGCAGGUUGCUGCAGUGUCAUCAGUAACGGGAGUGGGAACAGAGGCCGUAAUUUUAUUUAACACGACAGGUGAAUAUGAAAUAAGCAUGCUGCUCCAAAACGAGCAAGGCAACCCCCUUUUUCAUUUCAAGAUUUACGUUUCUUGAGGAUAAACAACCGAUAGGUAAAUUUUGAUAAAAAUCUUAGUGGAGGUUCUAUUUCAGUGGAAAGACCAAAUAGGUUACUAAGCAUAAAAACUUCCAAGAUGGAAAAUAUUGAGUGUUGUGUUUUGGGUUCAUAAUCUACAGAAACAACAAAAGUUUCAAGCCAUGAAGAUCAACAUGUUCCCGUUUUAGAGAGCAAAGCGUUGCCGUGGAUGUUCAUAACAGGAAUCCUUGUGGUGAUUGUUUGCGCAAGUUUUGUUCGACUUACUUACGCUUUUGUGAAAAAGAAGUACGGAAGUUUAUCGUCAGCUGUGGAACAAUUUCGUGCGCGGUGCCGUCGCGAAAGAGACACAACAAUCAAUCUUAUCUAAUUAAAAUAAAGCACAAUGAGUGUAAAAUAAAUAAAGACAAUGUGAAAGGC